AAACAAAUGGCCUCUUCUGUCGAAGCCCGAGGCUCUUGGAGUACUGUUGAAGAUGUUGUGUUGUGUGAGUGUUGGGUGAAAGUUAGUCAUUGCCCUAUAUCCGGCAAUGAGAUGAAGUUUUCUCAAAUGUGGAAAAAAAUUCAUGAAGAAUUUGUUGAAAGAUUCGGUUCGGGGCGCACGGAAAUGGCCUUAGCCUCCAGGUGGAAAAUUUUGAAUAAAGAGUUAGGCAAAUGGAGGGAUGCCUUGGCAAAAGCUAGGGAGAACCAUAGAAGCGGUCAAAAUCUUACCGAUGAGAUCGUACAAGCACAAAUGUGGUUCGGAGCGACGGGGCAAGGCAAAAAAACUUUCCAUAGUCACGAAUGUUGGGAAAUUGUGAAGAAUUGUUCGAGAUUCAAAAUCAUUUGCACUACUCUGCCGGUUAUGUUGAAUGAGACGCCGCUUCACGAUUCGUCGACAACCGAUUCGCCAUUGGACUCCCCAAUGGAUCAAGACUCACCACUCCCACGUGCGCCAAGACCUAUUGGGAGAAAGGCGGCAAAGGCAAAGAGAGGGAGCACUUCGAACAAUGAAUGUGCACAAUUUUUGGAGCAAAUGGCUAAGAAUAGUGCACUGAGACUUGAGAGAGAGUUGAAACGAGAAGAAAUGGACAAGGCACGACAAGAAGCAUUUUCAAUUCAAAGGGCGAAGGCAGAAGAACAAGACAUGGAGGAUAGAGAGAUGAAAAUCAUGUCCAUGGAUACCACCCAUAUGUCUCCUGACACAAAGUCAUACUGGAAAAUAAAACGAAGGGAUGUGAUGAGAAGAAAACUUUUCCAAGACGACGGACCUAGCAAUACGGAUUGGUUAAAUGAUGAAAACCAUUAGGUUGUAUUGAA